AUGGAGGCUCUGCUGCAGCGUCAACACAUCAUCGCUGAAUCAAUUCGGAAGAUAAUUGUGAAUUUCAAGAAGGAUUCAACAAGCCGUAAAACAGCGGAUUAUGUCAACAAACGCUUAGAAACCCUCCAGGAACUUUGGAGUGAAUUCGAAGCGAAUCACAAUCUUCUGAAAUCUCAAGACAGAUCGGAUAAGUAUUUCACUUCCGAUACCUACAACAUCGUGAAACAAGAGUAUGAAUCAAUUAUGAUUGCACUGCGCUCCUUGAACCCAUCGACAUCUGAAGAGCGGGGUGUGCCAUCGAAAACAGAUGAACUCAUCAGCCAACAGAAUACCAAUUUUAGAGCGUUCUCUAGGUUGGUUGGAAACAUGAACAUUGAUCAAAUGACGGAAAAGUGGGAAAUCGAAGACAAGUUGAACAUGCUACAAAAUCGUUGGAAAACUAUUGACGAAAUUCAUUGGGAAAUAGACAACCUCCUUGUGGGAUCUAAUGUGGAUUAUGAGCUAGAGUAUUCGAAACAUGAAUCGAUCUUUGAAUCUACCAAACGACAACUCAAUACACAGCUCAAUUCUGCGGUCCAUCAAUAUCGAUCAGUCCCGAAAAUUGAAAUCCCUAUCUUUUCCGGCAACUACAUACAAUGGCCUACAUUUAUGGAUUUAUACUCAGAAGCAAUUCACAAGAAUACUCUGCUAACAAAGGGUCAAAAAAUGCAGCACCUAAAAGGAAAACUUCGAGGUGAAGCAGAACGACUCGUUCAACAUUUAACAGUGUCGGCUGAAAACUAUGAUACCUGUUGGGAUAUACUUACCAAUCGCUAUAAUAACAUGCAACAGUUAUUCACUAAACAAAUACAGGUAUUUAUGAAUCAGCCUGCUAUGCAUUCGCAAAAUGCGUAUGAACUCAAGAGACUCCAUGACAUUAGUUUAGAGUCAAUACGUGCGAUUCAUAACUUAGGCGUGAACACAUCAACGUGGGAUCCCAUACUGGUACAUAUUCUAACCGGGAAGAUGGAUACCGAAACCUAUUCCAACUACAUGCAAGUCAGGAAAUCCCCAAGGGAACUACCCAACCUUGACGAGCUAAUGGAAUUCCUGGAAAACAAAUUUACUGCUUUGGAACCUGUAAAUACAAAAAAACAGAAUAACAGACCACAAAGCAGCAACAUUCCUGCCAAAGAUAUAUCAGCGAAGCCGCAACCACAGUCUAGUGGGAAAUCACAACAAUAUUUUCAUAAAACCUACAAUACCAAUUUUGGGAGGAGUUGUCCCAUCUGUAAAAACAAUCAUCUUCUUAUUCAUUGCAAGACGUUUGAAAACAUGACUCCUGAAACAAAACUCAAGAUUUUAGAACAAAAAAAUGUGUGCAAGAAUUGUCUAUUUUCCCACGAUGGCAAACAAUGUUAUUCCCACAAAACAUGCAAGACUUGCAACAAACCGCAUCACACCAUAUUGCAUGACGUGAUACAUGAAACCGGGUGUGCGCAAACAAUUGGUCAAACGAAACCGACCAACAUGACACCGUCAAAUGCAACCUCAUCAUAUCACCAUAAAGCAAAUCACGCCGUGAGAAACAACGAAGUUUUACUGGCUACUGUACUUCUGAGAAUAAGAGCUUCUGAUGGGACUUAUGUAUUACUAAGAUGUCUACUUGAUCAGGGCUCCCAAAUCAAUCUUAUAACUGAAGCUGCAGCUCAGCGACUUGGACUGCAGAGACGUAAACAAAACGCAACAGUAUCUGGGGUCGGGGUAUCUGUCAAUCAGAGCCACGGCACAGUGCACCUUGUCUGCGAGUCAAUUUAUGGCGAUUACGCAUUUUCAACAGAAGCAUUGGUUAUGACCAAAAUACUGGGGAACCUUCCUAACUACACCUUCGAAAAAGAACACUGGCCACAUCUGCAAAAUAUAAAUUUAGCUGACCCCGACUAUAACAUCUCAAGAGAGGUCGAUGUCCUUCUUGAUGCAGGAACAUAUGCCGAAAUAGUUUUGGACGGCAUCUUACGCGGGCCUGCUCAAGCCCCGAUUGCCCAACAAACUAAGCUAGGAUGGGUAUUGCUAGGCAGUUUUAAAACAUUUAAUUGCUACGCGAUACUCAACAACCUGGACGAAAUUUCUCAAUAUUGGGAAAUGGAAGAAAUAACAAAUAACAAACAAGGACUUCUUUCGUCUGAAGAAGAAUACUGCGAAAACCUAUACAACAACACAACUACAAGACGAUCUGAUGGACGAUAUGAAGUUAAAAUUCCUAUGAAGCCGAAUUUUGAGCAAAACCUAGGUACAUCCAAACAACAAGCGGUCGCCCAGUUUAAGCAACUCGAAAAACGUCUAAACAAACAACAAGAACUUUCUGAAAGUUACAAAACAUUUAUUGACGAGUAUUUGAACCUUGGACAUAUGAAGAUGUGUACCGUACCGCAAGAACCUAGCUGUUUUCUGCCUCACCAUGGUGUUUACAAGCCGGAAUCAACAACAACAAAACUGCGAGUAGUCUUCAACGCCUCCGCCAAGACAACAACAGGCUAUACUUUGAACCAACUCAUGGAAUCUGGAGCAAAUCUCCAACAAGACCUCCAAACAUUGCUGCUGGGAUGGAGAUCAUAUCAGUAUGUCUAUACUGCUGACAUCGAAAAAUUUUAUAGACAGAUUUAUAUCCAGGAAGCUGAUCAACAUCUUCAAAAAAUCGUAUGGCGGAAGUCGGACGCAGCUCCCAUAAAGGAAUACCAGCUGUGCACAGUAACAUACGGCACAAAAGCCGCUCCCUUCUUAGCCAUGCGAACUAUCAAGCAAUUGGUCAAGGACGAUGGUCAAAACUACCCCCUAGCAGCUGACCUUCUGAACAAUCGUAUGUACAUGGAUGACCUUUUGGGAGGAAAUAACUCCGUCACUGAAGCACAGCAAGCUCAGCAACAGCUGAUCACCCUCCUAGAAGGAGGUGGUUUCAACCUUCGUAAGUGGACGAGUAAUUCACCGGAAAUACUCGAAAACCUAAGCGAAGAUUUAAUAAGUCUAAAUAUGAUAGACUUCAAACACGCGGAGUCGAACAAAACCCUCGGAAUUUCUUGGAACCCAAGAACAGACCAAUUUACAUUUCAUAUAGCAAAAACAGAUGACUUACGAACAGUUGUCACUAAGCGGUUAUUAUUAUCAGAGUUAUCAAAACUAUAUGAUCCGCUAGGCUGGUUAUCUCCUGUAACAACAAAGGGAAAACUCAUAUUUCAACAAGCAUGGAUGUCUUCUACCAACUGGGACGACGGCCUUCCUGAAAAUAUACAAAAGAAUUGGGAACGUUUUGAACAAGAUAAACAAAAAAUUCAAAACAUAACAAUACCCCGCUGGAUGGGAGACACAACGCAGUCCGUAGAAUUACAUGGAUUCUGCGAUGCAUCCGAAAAGGCGUAUGGUUGCGUUAUCUAUUGUAGAUCAAGCAAUCAAAAAGGCGAAACCACCAUACAACUAGUGGCUGGCAAAACAAAACUUGCGCCACUUAAAAAACCUACAUCUCUGCCUAGACUCGAACUUUGUGGUGCCUUGUUGUUAUCGCGACUUAUGAAAAAGGUUAUAGAAUCUACAAGGGUACAGACUGUCAAGGUAUUUGCAUGGACCGACUCAAUGGUUGUAUUGGGUUGGCUCCAGGGUGAUCAAAGUCGAUGGAAAACAUUUGUAGCUAACAGAAUAGCCCAAAUAAAGGAAAACAUGAAAACAACAUGCUGGAAAUACGUUAAAUCCGAAGAAAAUCCUGCGGACUGUGCCAGCAGAGGAAUAUUCGCUUCACAGCUGCUAACACACACACUUUGGUGGAAAGGCCCACUGUGGCUGAAAGAUAACAAGCUACCAGAACAACCAAAACCGCCGGAAACAAAGGAAGACUUGAAAACAGAAAAGGUUGUAUGUUUCACGCAGGAAGCGUAUGUCCUUGUGGAGGAACUUCUAAACAAACAUAGCUCUAUGUCUCGAGUAACGCGAGUACUGGCUUGGAUACUGCGAUUUAUAAACAAUACAAGGAAUAAAACAGAUGCCAAACAACUUUCGCACUUAACAACAAGGGACAUAGAAAGUGCUCACAACAUUAUUAUUAAAUCUACACAACUUCGCGACUUUACUCAAGAAAUUGUACUCCUGCAGAAACAUAAACCCGUGCAUUCAACAAGUAAAGUCUUAACCUUGAACCCCAUCUUGGAUAAGGAUGGUAUAUUAAAAGUUGGCGGAAGAUUAGAACAUGCAGCUUUAAGCAGACCGCAAAAACAUCCGAUUAUUCUGUUGAACAACAACCGAUUGUGUGAACUGUUAAUCAAACAAGCACAUGAAACUACACUACAUGGUGGCGCUAGAUUGACUCUUACACACCUACGAAACAGAUAUUGGAUCCUGGGUGGUAUGAACACCGUCAAAAAGCAGCUCAUCAAGUGCGUGAGAUGCCACCGCUUUAAAACAUCAAGAAACAAUCAGCUGAUGGCCGACUUGCCGAAACCUCGAGUAACCCCGUCACGUCCGUUCACGCACACAGGUGUAGAUUUCACCGGCCAGGUAGAAGUGAAAGCUAAUAAGGGCCGGGGUAUCAAGAUAACAAAGGGGUACAUCGCCAUAUUUAUAUGUUUGGCGACCAAGGCCAUACAUCUGGAGUUGGUCUCGGAUUUAAGUACACCCGCUUUCCUUGCCGCCUUGAAACGAUUGUGUGCUCGCCGAGGCACGCCCAAACAUUUAUAUAGUGACAAUGGCACCAAUUUUAUUGGUGCGGCGAAAAUAUUAACAAAAGAACGCAAGGAAGCUUUACAAUACUAUGUAAACUGUGAGUUCCUGGACAACAUUGCUGAAUCUGGCAUAGAGUGGCAUUUUAACGCUCCUUGCUGGCCAACUGCGGGCGGACUAUGGGAGGCCGCAGUUAAAAGUAUGAAGCACCAUCUGAAACGCGUACUGGGUGAACAAAAGUUAACGUAA